UCCCUUCUCCCCUGCCUACGGCGCCGACCACCGCAAAAAAAACCAAACCCCAAAAUCUCGAGGAAUCCUCUAGCUUUGCUUUGCUAGCAAUGGCGACGGAGCAGACCUUCAUCAUGAUCAAGCCCGACGGCGUCCAGAGGGGCCUCAUCGGCGAGGUCAUCAGCCGCUUUGAGAAGAAGGGAUUCUACCUCAAAGCCAUGAAGCUUAUCAACGUGGAGAAGUCGUUCGCUGAGAAGCACUACGCCGAUCUGUCCUCCAAGCCCUUCUUCGGAGGGCUCGUGGAGUACAUCGUCUCUGGCCCCGUGGUCGCCAUGGUCUGGGAGGGCAAGCAGGUCGUCGCCACUGGCCGCAAGCUCGUCGGCGCCACCAACCCCCUAGCCGCUGAGCCGGGCACCAUCCGUGGCGACUUCGCCGUCGACAUUGGCAGGAAUGUCAUCCACGGGAGCGACUCAGUCGAGAACGCCAGGAAGGAGAUCGCCCUGUGGUUCCCUGAGGGCAUUGCCGAGUGGAGGAGCAACCAGCACCCUUGGAUCUAUGAGGUCUAAAAUGCCUUAGCUUGUCGCCAUGCAUCUGGAGAGUUGGCAUCAGAAGAUCUACCGUGCUAUUAGCUGCUAUUUAUAGUUGAGAAUUGAGAUCAGUAUCUCAGAACCUUUGUCUGUGCGAACUGAAGUUUUGUCUUCCUCAUGUUGCAUGUCAUGCAUGCAUUUACCAAUUGCUUUUUUAUAUGGUAUUGCUUUAAUCCCUUGAUGGGGAGUUGCA